GUCCCAGCUACUUGGGAGGCUGAGGCAAGAGAAUCACUUAAGCCCAGGAGUUUGAGGUUGCUGUGAGCUAUGUAGCCACAGCACUCUACCCAAGGAUGACAAAGUGAGACUCUGUCUUAAAUAAAUAAAUCCUAACUUCCAAGAUGAUGGUAUUAUUACCACAUGUAAAAGACUGAAACUGGACCCACACUUUUCACCGCUUACAAAAAUUAACUCACAAUGGCUAAAAGAUUUAAAUCUAAGAAACAAAAUGAUAAAAAAAAAAAAAAUCCUAUAAAAAAGCAUGGGAAAAUCUUUUGAUGAUAUUAGCCUGGGGAAAGAUUUUAUGAAGAAGACUCCAUUGGUAGUCAUAACAACAAUAUGAUGGUAUUAGGUAUUAGGAGGUGGGACCUUUGGGAACUUGAUUAGGUUUCAUGAGGGCAGAGCCCUCAUGAGUGGGAUUAGUGCCCUUAUAAAUAGGCCCAAGAGAGCUCGUUUACCCCCUGCAUGAGAGGACACAGCAGGAAGGCAUCACCUAUGGACCAGAAAGCAGCCCUCACCAGACACUGAAUCUACCAGCACCUUGACCGUAGACUUGCCAGCCUCUAGAACUGUGAGAAAUAAUUUUCUGUUGUUUAUAAGUCACAUAGUUUGUGAUAUUUUGUUAUAGCAUCCCAAAUGGGCUAAAGCACCUUCCCUGGGCUUGCCUCAGCUUUUGUUGUGGGGGAGAGCAGAAGGCAGUUGAACCAGGACCCAGAGGAUUGAUAAGUGGGGCUGAAAUAAUGGAAGUUUGGUCAUCGGAAAAGUCCUCCCUUCUUAUCCCUGAGGUUCCCCCCCUUCCCUCCCCCACCUCUAGCUGACCAUGGCAUCUGAAGCAGAGAAAACAUUCAAGAAGUUCGCUGUCUUUGGAGACUCCUCAAGCAAUGGCACUGAAAUAAAUAACAAGAACUUCUCCAAGCUGUGCAAAGACUGUGGCAUCAUGGAUGGCAAGACGGUCACCUCCACAGAUGUGGACAUUGUGUUCAACAAAGUCAAGGCCAAGAAUGCCCGAACCAUCACAUUUCAGCAAUUCUCAGAAGCAAUGAAGGAACUGGCCCAGAAGCGGUUCAAGGAAAAGAGCCCAGAUGAAGGCCUGCAGGGCAUUUAUAAACUCAUGGAGGGCAAGGAUCCAGCCACCACUGGUGUUACUAAAGCAACAACAGUGGGUGCAGUGGACCGUUUGACCGACACCAGCAAGUACACCGGCAGCCACAAGGAGCGCUUUGAUGAGAGUGGCAAGGGCAAGGGCAUCGCAGGACGGGAAGAGACGACUGAUAACUCAGGCUAUGUGAGUGGCUACAAGGGUGCUGGCACCUAUGACAAGAAGAAUUAGGCAGGAGCCUCAUCUUAGCCUAGUAGCCCCCAACCCUGCAUCUUUAACACCAAGGAGCUGGAGAAACAAUAAACAUCUGAGUGUGCAGCAGC